GAUUCAACAAAUAAAAUAUGUCGUUAUUUUAAUACUAUAGAAGGUUGUUGGUAUAAAGAUUAUUGUAAAUUUCUUCAUAUACCAAAUAAAAAACCACCAUGUAAAUUUUAUGAUUUAUCAACUGGAUGUCGUUAUGGUGAAUUGUGUCAUUUUUCACAUGAUAGAACAUCUUUAAAAUUAAUUGGAAGUUAUAAUGUUGAUUAUUCUAUGGAAUUUAUGAAGGGGCUUCUAAAGAAGAAUAUGACAUCAAAAGAAUUAAAUGGAACCAAUAAUAAUAACAAUAUUAUACAAUCCAUUUUAAAUAAUAAGCAAGAGAAAACAGUAGAAAAUCCAUCAGAUUUAAUCCAAGAUAAAAAUCUCACAAAUUUAAUAAGUAACCAUGAUCCAUCUAAUCAAAAUGUUUCAAUCAAUUUACAUAAAGAUACCACAGAAGUCGAAGAUCCAAGUUCAUCCAAUGCCAAGAAUUUAAUCCCUAUAAACCAAACAAAUUAUUCUGAAUCAUCACCAUGUCCUGUAUCUAAUGAAGAUCAUUCAGUAAAUACUAAUAGUACAUUGAAUGAUUUAUGUACAAAUAAAGCUUCAAUGAAUCAACCUGUUACAUCUACAGUUGUUGGACAUUCAGAAGAUUUAUCUAAUGAGAAUGAGAUAGCUUGUGGUAUUACUUAAAUUUCAUGCUUUAUAAUAUAUUUUGUUCCACAUAGUACUUAUAAGCAGAAAAACUGUUUGAAGAAUAAAAACAGAAUAUGCUUUAACAUUUUAGAAAUUAAACAUUGACACCAUCGGAUGUCGGCUCAGUGGUCUAGAGGUUGAGUGCUCUGGCUCGAGACUACUAGGUCCUGAGUUCGAAUUCCGUGAGGCGAGGUCUUUGGUACGCGCUGUUGAGGAGUCCCACAAUAGGAUGAAACGGCCAUCCAGUGCUUCCAGGUUUUCCAUGGUGGUCUAGUUUCAACUGACUCACGCUUUCAACGAUGAAAAACUUAAUUAUAGUGUCCUACCUUCAUAAUUUGAAUGUGUUCAAGCUAGAUAAAUAAGGUUAUAAACAAUGUGAUCACUUCAUGAAUGCCAGUUUUAUUAACAUUAAAACAAUCUACAAUUUUUUAGUUUCAUAGGAGUGUAAUUGUUUAAUAUACUUGUCUUCUAAUGAAGAUGACAUAGUGCUGUUUGGUGAAGAUGCUGACAAAAUGCAGAGUCUUCUGUUAGAACUGAGUAAUAAUGCCAGGAUAUUCGGGAUGCGUUUCUCUCCAUCUAAAUGUAAAUUGUUACUCCGCAACUGGUCUGUGUCAACACCUGAACUAAGGAUAGGGAGUGAAGUUAUCGAACGUGUCGACAACUUUCUGACGCCUAAUACCUUAUUUACUCAAUUAUUAGGUUCAUAUCAAUCACUUGUUUAUGAAACGAUAAGUAAUUUAUUUAUAUGAUUCUAGUAAAUCCAUCAAACUUUACUCUAGAAAGCUUAGAUUUAUUAAUUUCUUUUCUAGGUUCCUGUAAUCAAAUUCUUGUAAAGCAUCAAAAUGAAAAUUAUUGCACUCUAUUAAAAAAUCAUUACCUAGAUCAUUUUUUAGAUAAAGGAGGAGAUCAUGUUAAAUAUGUGAAUAUAAGAGCUGAAUUAGAACCUGGACAAAUGUUUUGGUGUAAAUCAUGUAUAUUAUUAUUUAAAAAACCUUGGUCAUUAUUUCAACAUAUGGUUGAUAAAGCUAAGGGAAAAAAAAUUCAACACUUAGAAAAACAAUCACAUUUUGAUUGGUUAGAUAACAUUGCUGGAUUAAUGGCAGGUUAUGAUCUUGGUUUAUUCAAUCCAAGAAAACUGAAAGUCGAUUUACGCAACUUAUUAACCGAUCAACAUACUAUCGAUGAAGAACUAGAGACAGAAGCUGCAACAACAAUAGGAAUUAUGCAGUGGAUUAACCCAUUUAUCAACCCAUGGCGUUUACAACAAUUUGAAUUGAUGCGAAAAAUCAAACAAUUUAAUAGACAAUUGCUUCGUAAAGUUAAUCCAAGUUUAAAAACUGGAUAUACCGGAUACAGUAAGAGCACUGCACUACCACCUGCUCAUGUACCUUUAUCAACUACAUCAUGUCAGACAAACGAGACGUACUUUGACACCCUUGAUUCAUUAACAUCUACUACUACAUCAACGCCAACUGUAGACGAUUUCGGUUUAUGUUUGAAGAACAGUUUGCCUCCAGAAACUUUCAAUCAAGGCUGCCCCUCAGAAUCUACCUCUUCGGUAUCUAUUGAGUUUGAUACUUGCGUUGUAUCGAAUGAAGAAAAUAAUAAAGAAGAAUCAGAUGAGUGGGACAAACCAAGUAACUACCAGCUUUUUCAUAUCGAAGACAAAGAACACCCACUUUGCAAACCACUUGUAGAGAAGCUGAUGGAAACGGAAAUGUUGAGAACUGGAGCUUCUGGAGAUGUCACAACAACAACAUCUGAUAUAAACUCAAAGAUCACACCAGAUAUUAAAAACGAACUGGACAGAAUCGUUGAAAUCAUAGAUUCAAAUAACACAAAUAGAGCUUAUAUAAUGUCACUUUUAAAUUGUAGUAAUGCCAGUGGGUAUCACAGAAAACAGUCAAAAUUUGUACCCAUUUGUUCCAAUGAUUCUAGUAUUUGUAAAAGUAAAAUAUCUAAUAUCUGUACUACAAUGAAUUCAAAACAUUUGAAAGAACCAUUCAGAUAUCAACUUUUUGGACGAAACUCCAAAGCGUUUACUUUCAAUCAUACUGCUAUUUAUAAUAUUCAACGUAAUCUAAAUCGUAUAUACCAUAAAAUCAAUCAAACCCCAUACUAUGGAAUCAACAAUUUUGAUCUUUUAAAUUUUUUUUCAACAAAUCUAGACUUCAAUUUUAAUCUCAUUGAUGAAAACAUAGAAGAAUUACUUUCACAAUGGAAAAAAUCCCUGAUCUAAUGAACCAUCUCAUAGAAAUAUCAUUCUGAGAGGAGAUGUGGAUCAUCACCAUAAAAUGUGUAAAGUUGUCCAUUUGUAUAGUAUGUUAUGUAGCUUGCAUUAAUGUUGAUAUAAAUCUUGGUUUCAGUUUUAUAGUUUACUAUAAUUAGCUUAUAUAACCUAGGGAUUGGUUAUUGUUGUUAUGAAUAAAUUACAUAAUUAUAUUUUUUCAUUUACAUUGUUUGAAUUAUAUAAGACCUUGGAAACAAAAAAAAGAGAAAUAUUGUUCAACUUUUGUUAGUAUUUAAUGUUGAUUCAAGG